AUGUCUAUACCCAAGAAAGUAGUGAAAAACUUCAUUACGAAAUUUAACGUAACAAGGGUAAAGGCGAAACUAUCCCCUCAGAAUGCCGGCUGCCGAUUAUUUCCCACACAAACGCCACAAAAUGAUGCAGAAUCCAACCUUAGGGGUGACCAAGGAUCCGAAUACUCGAACGAGCCGGGCACUUUUUCUGUCAACAUACAGGCCAACGCAGAUGCAUCCAAUAGCUCCGUUAGAAGAUUUGCGCAAAAAAAUCCUCAUCAGAAGCUUUUUUCCUUCCCGAUGAAAAAGGACGAUCCAGAUGAGGAGGUCAUUGAAAAGAUGAUGGAAGCUGCUAAGAAGAAUGGGUUCUUAUGA